AUGACGUGCUUCCAAGCUUGGAGGAACAAAGAGUGAGUUAACUGUACCCAAAAGGCCCAAAUAUUGAUUUUAGGAUCCGAACAGAGAAUUGCAGCUGUACAUUUUGGAACUUGCUGAUAUUCUCGUGGAGAGACCAUCACAAUAUGCAAAGGAGAGUGGAAGAAAUAUUUCUUAUAUUCAAGAACUUGCAUCAUCUUCUGAACUCAUUGCGCCCCCAUCAGGCUAGGGUAACACUAAUUCACAUUUUAGAACUUCAGAUAAAACGACGUAAACAAGUUGUUGAGGAUAUAAAGAGGAGGAGAGAAAAAGCACAGGCACUUCUAAAGGAGUCCCUUGAAUCGUUUGAGGACACCGGUGUAUCUCUUAUGUUGAAAUAGGGAGUGCUCAUGUAUGUUCUUACUCAAUGAUCAAAACCUGUUAGACAGUUUCAUCUAAUACCUUUAAGGAGGGUCAUGGAAUCUCACUGGUCAGAGUUUUUCGGAUAGACAGUUGCAUCUAGUACCUUUGUGCUUUUAUAUCAGAAACUUCUGGAUUUAAUUACCUUUCUAUGCUAGUGUCGAAAGGAAAGUAGUCCAAUCUGCUGUUACUGAAUGAUGGUUUCCAAGCACUAAUUCAAUUGGCUUGGAUAGAUGGAGGAUAGAUUAGAUUCAUUUCAAGUGGCAUAAUCGUACUCUGUUCUAUU